GGCAGUGGCAGUAGUGGUGGUGGUGGAGGAGGUGGUGCGACUUCGUCUGGCGGAGGCGGUGGUGCGACGGGAGGAUCAUCUUCCGUGGGUCCCGCGUCAUCAGUUAGUGACGCUGGUGUGCCGGGCGGCUCCGGAGGGGCCGGCGGUGGUGGCAGCAAUGCUGUUGCCGCUACUACUAGCGGAGCGGCAUCGGGGCCGGUUUGUAGUGCCUCUUGUAGCAGCGUGGUGGUGGCCAGUAGCGGUGGAGGCACCAAUGGUGUUCUGCUGCUCGCUGACAAGAUGAAACCGUCUCCUAGUGGUGACAGCAGCAACAGCAACAACAAUAACAGUAACAGUAGUAAACAGGAGAAGUCACCCAAAAUGAAAGGGUCCCACAAGAAGGAGAAGAUGAAAGACAAGACCAAGUCCAGUGCUUUAGGCACAUCAUCUACAUCAUCAUCAUCAUCAUCGUCAUCAUCGACAUCAUCGUCAUCAUCAUCAUCAACUAGUUCUAGUUCAGCUACAACUAAUUCCACAUCCACAGCAUCAUCAUCAUCAUCAUUGUCAUCAGCAUCAUCCAUUUCUUGUCUACCGCCGCCACCACCACCACCACCUUCAUCCUCGUCGUUGUCGUUGUCAUCUUCUUCGUCAACACCUUGUUCGUCGUCAUCAUCUACUUCCUGUCCUGCUCCGUCUUCCGGUGCUGACUGUUGCGUUUCCAAUGGAAACAAUAACCCGUCGUCAUCAGCUGCUGUUAUCAGCAAUGGGUUGGAUACAUCUACCAUUUAUAAUCCAGUGUUGGAACCACGAGGGGGAGAUGUGCCCCAUCUUAAAAAGGAAAAUCCUACACCAGAUCCGUAUGAAUUUAAUGCCAAAGUUGAAGAUGGAUUUGGAAUACCUAUGAAGAAGAUUAAAGUCGAAAAGGUUGAAGCAGCAUGUUCACCAAUGCAACCAGAGUUACAUGAUAUGGGGACAGAUACUUGCAGCGUUGGUGUCAUCACAGAACCGGAGUGUCUUGGACCAUGUGAACCUGGAACUAGUGUUACAUUAGAGGGUAUUGUCUGGCAUGAGACAGAGAAUGGUGUCCUUGUUAUCAACGUCACAUGGAGAGGGAAAACUUAUGUCGGAACGCUACUGGAUGCUACAAAACAUGAUUGGGCCCCACCCAGAUUCAACUGUGACUCUCCUGUAAGUGACUUCGAAUCAAGGACUCCGAAAGGACGCGGCAAACGAGGCCGGGGCAACACUGCGACGCCAGUCAAUGAACGUUUGAAUAUCAGUGGUGGUGGCAACAACAACAACAACAACAACAGCAGCAGCAACAACAGCAGCAGCAGCAACAACAAUAACAACAACAACAACAGCAACAACAACAACAACGGCAACAGCAACAACAAUGAGGGACGCAAACUUCGGAAAGGCCGGCGGUGUGGAGGCAACAGCUUCCAGGCUCCGGCCAGCCCCGCCAAAUUAGAGCACGAUCGCAGCAGUUCUUUGAAACGCAAGGGAAGGCCAUCAGAUUUGGAUUUGUCCGUUCCUUCAGAUCCUUGCAAAGGAAGCAAAAGGUGCCGGUCAAGCUGGAGGGGGGGCUCUAGCGCCAAUAGUAACACAAGUGCUAGUGGCAACAAUAACAACAGUAACAACAAUGGCAACAACAGUAGCAACAAUAACAACAACAACAACAGCAGCAGCAGCAGCAGCAGUAGUAGUAGUAGUAUAAAUAAUUCUUCAAUGUCUUCAGCUACGAUCAGUUUGUCGGCCAGCGGUAAUGGUGUCGCUAGUAGUACUGGGUCUGCCAGUGGAGAGUCCAGUUCACCAGUUCUGUUGAAAUGUCCCGAAGCCAACUGUAACAAGCAGUACAAGCACAUUAACGGUCUGCGCUAUCAUCAGUCUCACGCUCAUCACAGUUCCAUGUUGCAAGCCCAAGAGGCUGACGAGAAUUUACGAGAUGAAGAUGCUAUAAGCAUGGAAGGUAAUAUGACUGACGAAGAAGUCGGUCGUAGUCGGAAAGAUGAAACCAGUGAGAAAAGCAGUCGGAAAGAGAAAAUCAAGGAAGAGCUACAGAGUGAUGACAAUAUUCAUGCCGAGGAGGGGUCUACAGCAGGUGAUUUGAAUCAAGAACAAAUCAGUUGCCAGUCAGCGGACGAAGCUAGUGAUGAACAGAAAGUUUUAUUAGACAAAACGUCGAUUAAAAGCGAAAUAACAUCGUUAGGAGAAACAAUUAAAACUGAAAAAGUAAUUAAGAGUGAACAUCCAUCAAGUUGUUGUGCUUCCAUACAUCCUUCAUCUGGUCUCAGUGUUGGUGGUUCUGUCUCAAAGCCUCUUCCCAAUCAAAUUUACCAACUUCCUGGUGCCCCCAUGGGUUGUCUAGGCACAAGCGGUGUUUCCAUGGUAACUCAAACAAACUGUCAGACAAGCCCCAUGCCAUCUAUGUCGGCAUCAUCAGUGGCGUCCUCUGUGGUCAGUCCUAUAAGUAGCCAGUCUUUACUUACCUCUGUCACUACAUUUGGUACAAUCUCUCACGUUGCAGAAUCAUGCCGAAUGGAUUUGAAAGACUCGGACAAAACUAUCAAAACAGAAAAAAUAUCUGUGGUUGACAAAUCAAAAUGUAAAACUCCUACUCGACCAAUAGUUCCAGCCCCUAGCCCCCAGCUUAUGGCAUUCCCUGGCAGUGUCAGUUCUUCUCACACUGGCCUAACCUCUGUGCCAACCACUCAUACUCAGGUAUCUCCCUCACUGAAGCCGAUCCAGCCAAAACCGACCAUCCUAGGUGAAUCCAUGAACAUUAACUCAUCUCUUGUCAGCUUCAAAGAUAAAAAACCGAAACAAAAGAAGAAGUGUAGCAAGGAGAAAGAGUUGGGUAAAUGUGAUGUUCCCUCUCUGAAAGGGGAUCACACCCCCAAAUAUGAACGAACAGCUGUGAUUAAAGCAGUAGCUUCACCACCGAAACCAGGGCUUGAUUUGAUGCCCAAAAAGGAUAGUAGUCUAAUGGAACCCCCUCAUUUAAUAUCUGACCUCUCCCGGUCGACUGUUAGUUCGUUAGGCUGUGCAAACUCUGUGAUUGCUUCACAAAUCUCUCCCAAGUCAUCGCUCGAUCCAAGUCAGGUCACUCGGAUGACGCAACCUCCAGGCCUUUUGAAGGUCAGUGCUCCAAUGCCUGGUUUACUUUCAACGCCAGACAGGAAGACGCCGGUCAAUGAUGACGUCCAAAGUCCAGCCUAUUCAGACAUUUCUGAUGCCAAUGAGUCUGGGUCCCCUACACAAGGUGACACCCCUGUGAAAGUGAAGGAAGAAAGUUCUAGCUCACGUAAAGAAGAGAAACAUCAAGGUCGGAACAGUCCGGAACCUCCUCCGACAGCCGUACCCCAUUACGGUAUGUAUGGUUACUACGGCCAGUCGUCCUACCUCGUUCCUAAUGUUUCCCAGCCCUCGUCUCAUGUCAGCCAGAGCAGUGCUUCCAACAGUGUGUCAGGGAGCUCGUCUGUGGGCAACCACAAGGCAUCUACUUCAAUCAAAAGUGAACCACCGCAGGGUGUUGUGGUCAGCUGCCAAGAUGAUAAAAUGGGGGUUUCAUUAGAGGAAGGAAUGAAAAUGGGUGAAGAAAAGAAAAUCAAAGAAGAAAAAGAAGAUCCUAAACAUAAAGAAGGAGCUCCUCCUGGCGGAGGGGGAGGGGGUGGUGGUGGUGGCGGUGGAGGAGGCAGUGGAAGCGGUGGACCAAGCAGUGCAGCAGCAGCUAUCUCACCUCAUGAUUAUCCACAGAAAUGGUACCAGCAGUAUUAUGCCUGGCCUCAGCCCCCACACUUCCAAUAUCUCUACGGAUAUGUUGAUCCUUCGUUCCACAUGCAUCACUUGGCAGACCCGCAGUAUCGACAGCAAUACGAGAAAGCUUUAGAAGAUCAAAAACGAGUGCAGCAUUACCAGGGUAAAGAUGCUGAAUCCUGCAAGAAACCAAUAGAAUUUCAAAAUAAGUCUGGUUUAUCUGAUGACUUAAAAGUGUCGUCGCAUUCUGAUAUUCCACCCAACGUCCACACUAUCAAAUCGAGUCCCCACAAUAUGGCUUUGAAAUCAAACCAAACAGAUAAGGGCUCAGAAAACCGGAAAAUGAUGGUUGAGAAAUCCCUUGAGAGAGAACGAGAACAAGCGAUCAGAGAGAAAAAGAAUGAAAACCACCAAAUAAUGAACGAGAACUUUGAGGUGAAGUCACAGAUGGACAAGUCUCGGUGUGAGAUGUCGGAAGCUGAAGCCUACCGGAUGCAGCACAAUGAUGUCCGGCACGAGGGCAUACCACACUUUUAUAUGUACCAUCAACAGAAAUUCCUUGAACAAGAGAAACGCAAGAUGGAGUAUGGGCCUAAGCCUGACAUGCAAGCAAUGGAGUUGAUGAUGCCUAAGGGCGGUCAUAAAAUGUUGGAGCAUGGUAGGUUAAUACCCAACGACGAGAUUCUCUCUCGCGACAACAAUACUAGCAGCAAUAGCGGUAACUCUUCCAAGCGUGAUCUCUUGGACAUGAAGACUAAAGAGGUGAUGGUACGUGAUAUAAAACCUAUAAGUAAGCCAAUUCCAGAUCUCUGUCAGACUUCCGACAAACGAAUAAUGGUGAUGGACAAGUUGCGCAGCCCAGCUGAAAGCCAGAAACUAAAGAGUUCCUACUCGUUGUCUCUAGGUAACAGCAGUAGUGGUGGUAGUGGUGUUAUUGGUGGUGGUGGCAGCAGUGGUGGUGGUGGUGUUGGUGGCAGCGGCGGCAGUGGUGGUGGUGGUGGCAGUAAUAACAGUAGUAAUAAUAGUAACAUGCCACCGUCUUCUUCUUCCUCGUCGUCAUCAUCAUCAUCGUCAUCCAAUAAUAAUAAUAGUAGUAGUAGUAGUAGUAGUGUCCCUAGUUCAAACAGUAACACAGCUGUGUCUACUGCUACUUCUGCAAAUUACCCUCAUUAUGUACCCUACCCCUAUAUGCAGUCACCUGGUUACAGUCCGUUGCACUUCGAUGCCUAUCGGCAGUUUAACCCCGUGCUCGGUUACCCAAACGCAUCUUACCUACAUCCAUCUCAUUUAGGCUACCGGCUUAACCAAAGUGAUGUUGAAAAAGAAGAGAAAAACACGUCCUCCCAAAAGAAUAUUCUAAACCAACCUGUCCUCCCCAGCACUGAGUUGGAACCUUCUAAAUCAGCAGAAGUGAUCCACCAUUCUUCAACAGCCUCAUAUUACGAGAUGCACAAAAUGUCAGAACUUCAGGAAAAAACCUCAUCACGACCCUCAUCAAACUGUCAUUCUUCACCACAUCCAAAAACAUCAAUCUCUGAGACUUCUGUAUCACCAUCCCCAAAUUUUGAUAAAAGUCGAGACUAUCAGAAUUCCCCACCCACUCAAAGACACGUCCAUACUCACCAUCAUACACAUGUGGUCGGUGCCACGUUUCCUCUCUAUCCAUUUACAAAUAAAUAAGAACAUGAUGUAAAAUAAAAAACAAAAUAUAAGAAAAAAAAAGUUUUAAAAAAAUAAAUAAAAGAGACACAAAAUCAGUA